AUGUCUGAAAUUUUGAAAUAUCUAGAAAGCCAUCAAAAGCAAUUUGAUGCCACAAUAACCGAGGCCUAUACAUCUGAAGCUGAUGAAUCACAGUAAAGAGCUUUAAUGCAGUCUGUUAAAAUACUCAAAGAAGUUGAGAUGCUUAUUGAGAGAAAAAGAUAAGCAUAAAAAUUUUUGAAUGAGAAGAAUUUAGGCGCAGGAUUUUCAGACUCAUAAUAAGCAAAAGGAGAUAGCUAAGAUAUCAGUUUUCUUUCAGAUUCUUCAUUGCAUAAGAUCGAAAAACUUAGUGAAUAGACCAAUAAUAUGGUAGUGUAGUACAAUAUAAUGAGAAUAUUUGAUUUAGUGUUAAAAGGAAAACUUAUCAAUAUUGAAUAGAAAGAUACUAGUGACCUUAUCUAUUUCAUAAAUAACAUCUUCCUUUUGCAUGACUUGAUGGUUGGAACAUCGAUAGCUAGAAGAAUGGUUUAAAGAUCUAAAGCUUUACUAAAUUACGUACUUAAAAGGAAAGAUAUAAAUGAGGAUUAGGAAGAGGAAAUUAAAGAAUUGUUGGCACUACCGAACUUAAAAGGUUCUGACGCAUUCAAUGAUUUUGAAAAUCAAACAUUUGAGAUUAAAAGACUUUGCAAAUCAACUAAUAUUCCAGAUAAGAUUAGCGGUAUUCAAUAACUCUCAGAAAAAUUGACUUAAUGUUUGACAUUGUAAGAGUAGCUAUCACUUUUCUCAUCUAAAUGCUAGGCAAUAAUUAAAUCAAUGAUAAGAGAUAUAAAAGAGGGUGACAAGGAAAUUUUUAAUACUCUCUCAAAUUUUCUGACAGCUAUGAUAUUUGAUACUGAAUACCUUGUAGAGAUAGACAAGGAUAUCUUAAGUUAAACUUUAAAUGGAAGAGAUUAUAUCAACGCUGAUGUAUAAGGUGGCUAAAUUGACACUAGUAAAGAGACUAUUCUCUAUUAAUUAACAGAAUAGAAAGAGGCACUGGAACAAUCAGAAGGGCUUUAUUCUUCAAUAGCACUAAUAAUAAACUUUUUCCUUUCAUUCCCAAAGAACAUCAAUCUUUAAUCUACAGUUUUAACUGUAUUUAAGCGACUAUACAAUUCAUUCCAUGUUUAUAGAAAGAACUUGGAAGAUCCCAUUAUUAUGGUUCUUAUCAACAUUCAUCACAAAUUUAAUGAGCUCUAACAAAAUAAGUCGUACUUGAAUAGAGCUAAAGCCGCAGCAAGUAGUGGAUAACAGGAAUAGGAGGAUUAAAAAAUUGAAGAAUCCUACAUCGAAGCAUAGAAAUUUGUGAAUUAUCUUAUUUCAUCUGAUGAAACAGAAGCUACUUUCAAGGAAAAAAUAUUCAGCAGAAAGGAAUUGUAGUCUUACUUAGCAGCUGAGAGUCUUGAAAAACAUAAACCAAACCCUAAAUGCUUGAGCAUUCAGAAAUAUGGAGAAUUCAACAUAAAAGUUGGCUAUCCUUAGCUAUAAGAAAUCGGGGCUGGAGCUAACUUCUUCUAGAUGAUUGAAGUUGAAGAGCCUAAUUCCAUUAUUUUCUGUGGAUUUUCAACUACCUCUCAUGAUAUCUAAUUUGGAUUCCAUAAAGUCACUCUAAAAUCUUAAGUAUCAAACGAAGAAGAAAUAUAGCAUGAAGAGCUUGAGGGGAUAUUCCCUCUAACAAAGAUUGAAUCAUUCCCUAAUUUUGUGAAAGUCAGUUUUAUUGCAAAGGAUGCUGGAAUCUAUAAGGUAUUAUGGAGUAAUGAUCACUCAUGGUUCAAAGGAAAGACUUUAGCUUAUCGUAUUUCUGUUUUGAGACCAGUUUAAAGAAAUGAGGGCAAUAAGGGUUAUGAUGUUCAGUCAUCUUUAUUAAAUAGUGAAGUAGACCCAUAUAAAUCUACUUCUGCACCAUCUUCUCAGCGAUCAACCACUAAUGGUAGUAGCGCGAACUCAGCAUCAUAAACUUCAGCGAAUAGUAAUAUGAUCAGAUAGUAAUUAAGACAAAGUAGAGCUAUACUUCCAACGAUCGACCAUAAAAAUGUUAUAUUCAAGUUUAGUAAAGUAGGAGAUAAGUAAGAGUUACUAAAGAGGAAAACUAUCUCAAUUUUUAUGCAUAUUGAUCUUGAUUAUGAUCAAGUCAAAAUUUCAUUUGAUGAUAGUAAAACUGAGUUGACUAAUGAACUUAAUGUCUCACAUAACUUAUCCCAGUUAAUAGAUGAAAAUUUAGAACAGUUAUUCAAAUAGCAAAACAUGAGCAUUGAAAGAGAUUAACAAGUCAUUAAAAUUAGCAUUGGUAUCUCUAAAACAUAAAAAGCUUUAGAUCUUGUAAAGGGUUUCAAUCAUCAAGAAGUAACUCAAAUUCAAGAUAUUUACUACACUAUUACAAUCGUCCAUGAUUCAGAUGUAUUAGCACUGAAUCAAUUCAAUGCUAGCAAUAUGCAAUCAAGUGAAUCUUCUAAAGCAUCUCAAUCACAUAUUUCCAUCAGAAUUAGUGAUAUCUACUUCUAUAGCUCUAUGAUAUUGAGAAAUAGACUAGUCUAGAGUAAAAAUAGCUAUUCUUAUGAGGUUGGAGAUGUAGGAGCACUUGAAAUCAUGGCAGAGACAUUUAAUACUGAUAAUAGUGGUCAUAGUGGUGAUGAAGUAUCUGGUGGCCCAAAUACUUCUCCUGAUCAUAGAAAGGGAAGUAUUUCCUCGAAAUAGUAUGGACUUAAAAAACUUAGAGAUUCUUGGAGAGAAUCACAGUUUAUGGCUAUUGCUUUAGCGAAUUUCCAAAGAUUAUCAAGCUAGAGAUUAAAUGUAGUCUUUGUCUUAAGCGGAUUUGAGGAUGAAAGUUAAAAAGUCAAACUUAAUGAUUAUGUUAAGCAGGUAAAAGAUCAUUAUGAUUCAAUCAGUCAAGGAAUUAGUGAUCUUGGAAUAAAUAUUGAGCUUAAAGAGGAUGAUUAUCAAAUGCAAGCUAUUAAAAAUAUUGUCCCUCUCUUUGAUAAUUGA